CAAACGGUGCUCUCUUUUUUUAUUAUUUUAAUUGGCAUUUUUUUUUAUCAUUUUCAUGACUACCAAACUCCCCUUCACAUUCGAAUUCCAUCUGGAGAAAUCCUCAAAACCAUCUGAAAGAAUCUCACUUUUGGCUCUUCCACAGCUGAAUCAUUGUCAUGGGUUUGGCUUCUCCAGGAAAAACUCAGGCUUUAGAGGUCUAUCUGUGAACGCUCUCAAAGAAGAAGUAAUCCAAUCGACAAAUUCAGAUACCACCCAUCAUUCCCAAACAAUUCUUCCUUCUUCCUCUAAGCUUGUUCUUGUCGUUGGCGCCUCCGGCGGCGUAGGGCAGUUGGUAGUGGCAUCUUUGCUGAACCAGAACAUCAAAUCACGCUUGCUAUUAAGAGAUCCUCAGAAAGCUACUUCUCUGUUUGGCAACCAAGAUGAAGACAACCUACAGAUUUUUAAAGGGGACACUCGAAACCCAGCAGAUCUAGAUCCAUCUAUAUUUGAGGGGGUUACACAUGUGAUUUGUUGCACUGGAACAACUGCAUUUCCUUCCAAGAGAUGGGAUGGUGAUAAUACACCUGAAAGAGUAGUCUUUGAAGAUUGGGAGGGUGUAAGGAAUCUUGUAUCUGCAUUGCCUUUGUCACUGAAGAGAGUAGUUCUUGUUUCAUCAGUUGGCGUAACCAAGUUCAAUGAACUACCAUGGAGCAUUAUGAACCUAUUUGGAGUUCUCAAAUAUAAAAAGAAAGGGGAAGAUUUUCUUCGUGAUUCUGGCCUUCCAUUUACCAUUAUCAGACCUGGUAGAUUGACAGAUGGACCUUACACAUCAUAUGACCUUAAUACUUUGCUUAAAGCCACUUCUGGGCAAUGCCGGGCAGUUCUCAUUGGUCAAGGCUCUUCUCUUGAUGAGGACAUUUUAAGUCAUGCAAAAGCUUUGGAGACAGAUUCAUUUACAAAUGGUUAAGUACAUUAUAACUUAUAAGCUGUCCGUUUUAUUAACAUUUCUUUGUUUUUCUUUGAAAACGACACAGGAGAUAAACUGGUUGGAGAGGUCAGCAGGCUUGUGGUUGCUGAAGCUUGCAUACAAGCAAUGGACAUAGAAUUUACA